AAGUGGGAGAUGAGAUUGCUGCGGACUGGCCUGGUAAAUGGUGUUGUGAGGGUAAGUCUUUUAUGUCCAAAUCUCAGGUGUUUCUAUGGGAGCCAAAUUCUCCCCAUCCCUGGCUAAUAUAGCCAUGACAUUCUGGGAGGAAAAGUACAUCUUCUCGGUUGAUAACCCUUACUCUGGGUGCAUUGUCUGGUAUGGCAGAUACAUCGACGAUUUGCUCCUCAUUUGGGGGGGUGAUGUGUCUGCCAUACCAGACUUUGCUCGAUAUCUUGACCAGAAUACAUACAACCUGAGAUUCACACAGGCAUAUCAUCCUACAACCAUUCACUUUUUGGAUUUGACAUUGAGCGGAGUGGCAGGCGAGGUGGUGUUGACGGAGACCUACCGCAAGGAGGUGUCUGGCAACACCAUCCUCAAGGCCAACUCUCAUCACCCACUUCAUACCAUUAAAAGCAUUCCUGUUGGUGAAUUUACAAGAGCCAGGCGCAACUGCAGUACAGAAAAAGCUUUUGACAGGGAAUGUAUUGAAGUGUGGAAACGUUUACAGAUGCGAGAUUACCCCCAAUGGAUGUUACACAGGGGUCUCAAAAUUGCGAAAAAUAAAUCUAGAGCCAAACUUCUCAACCUUAAUAUCAAAAAAGAAUUGACAAAUCUUACCAUUAAUGAUGAGUGUGAGGGAUAUAGUGAAAAAAAUGGUGUUAAACCCGAAGUCAUCUGUGAAAAAAAUGAAAGUAAUAUUGUACCAACAAUAGUACUUACAUACAGCAGACAGUUUGCUGAAAUUAAGAAUAUUAUUCAGAGAUGUUUACCUAUUUUGUACGAGGAUGACAUCCUGAGGGACACUCUAAAACAGGGUUGUCGGGUAGUUUAUAAAAGACCCGACACUUUGGGAAAAACACUCUCGCCCUCCAUGUAUACCUCGACAUACCCCAAAAAUCCAUCUACAUGGUUAAAAUAUACUGGCUUUUCGAAAUGUGGACAUACAAGAUGCAAGACAUGCAAAGUCGCUAAAAACAUCAAACAAUUCCACAAUUCCACGCACACUGAGACUUUCCCUGUCAAGAGUUUUAUAAAUUGUAACACGAUGGGAGUAAUCUACAUUAUUGUUUGCACCACCUGCGAUUUAAUAUAUGUAGGUUGUACUACCAGAAAAUUCAAAGAUAGAUUGCGUGAACAUCUCAAUUAUAUACAUAACCCAACAGCUACAGGAGUAUCCAAUGCGGCAUAUCAUUUUAUACAUAUACAUAACCGCAGUACAGAUACAUUAAACACUUUUGCUUUUGAACGUGUCACUUUACCCCAGAGAGGCGGUGAUAUUAAACAAAAAAUUCUUCUCAGAGAAGCAUUUUGGAUCUGGAGACUCAAAACCAGAGUCCCAUACGGUCUUAAUCUAAAAAGAGAAUUAAUGUAUUUAUACUAAUACUCUCAUGCAGCUAAACAUGGUUUUGCCUUGUUUUUAUAAUUACCAUACAUUUGUGGACAUCUUAUUUUAUAGUUAUUUUUAAUUAAUUGUAUGCACUCGCUCCAAUAACUAUGAUCCAACUGCCUCACAGCUGUUAUGUCAUUCGGACAUGUACAAUAUCAUGAGAAUAUCUCUUAUGGUUCACUUAGGAGACAGACGAUGUGAUGUCACGGCGGUGAGGCUUUAGAAUCAUUGAUUUUUGUGUUCCGGCACAUAUGGGAACUUACCAUACUGAAUGGCGAAUACUUAGACAGAUAUAUUGUAUGUUGCUGCUGCUCGUUUAUUUUGCUAUAUUUUUUUGUCCCCCUUUUUCUCCAUUCUCCCCACAUAGAAAUUACCAGAAAGAAGGUGAUAACAUUGAAACACCGCAAUGAUAGAUAAAUAUAUGUGUGGGGGCACGGAGACAACGGGGACGGGAGGAUAGCCGCAGCAGCGUACAAUAUUGAGACAUAUAUGUGUGCAAUAAAAACACAGAAAUAUAAAUAGAUAAAGAUAUGUACAAAAACUAGUGAUAUAUCAAUAUUUGUCCAAAGCAGAAACAGCAUGUCUAGUCUUUCUUUACAGACCAAUCCGUCUUUUUGGAAAACAUGACGGAGUUCAGACAGAGCGUCUUCUCUCAAUAGACUGAUGUGGAGGUGUGCUCUCUGUCGGUAAAUGCCCUAGCGCACCAUAAAUAUUACAACAUAUUGGAUUGAUCUCUGUAUAUAAAUUUGGAUUCUGUUCACACCUUGCGACAUUGAGAGCGAACAGUCCAAUGGCUUAUCCAUUUAACCUAUUAUGGGAAACCUGUUGCGCUGGGGCCUUGCUGACAUAGAGCCAUGGAAGCUUACCAAACUCCCUCCACAUUAACCCUGUGAAUGCUAUAUGUGUGCGUCUCUGUGUGGACGCACGCAUGUAUAUAUGUAUAUAUAUGCGUAAAUGCGCGUGUGUGUGUGUGCAUGUGUGCGUUCAUGCAUAUAUGCAUAGUCCCCCUGACAUGCUUUUCCAUAUGACAUAUAUCACUCACUUGUUCCCAGUGUUUAAUCUUAAUUUUAAUUUUAACGCAUUUAUAUCUUGCUGGAAUGUCAAAUCAUGAAUUUUAUGUAUACAUGCAUUUUUGUAUAACACAGUUGUUUUAUGUUUUGGAAUGAGUAAUCACAUCUUGCUACUUUUUAUCUGUUGUAUUGUAUUAUAUAAUUAUGUUGUAGCACUUCAGGUAUGGAAAUGUUUAUUUGUCACGGGUGAACCUGUGUGCACAGGUGUCUUGCGUCAGCCGUGCUGAUUUUUGACUCACCCGGGUUGAGACUCCUCCUUCUGGGCGGAUUUCAUGAGGUUGGGCCUUAUUUCAGCGGGGUGCACGCCAGACACUUCAGAUCAUGAGUAAGAACGACAGCGUUCGAAACGCGUAGAUCGUGGGGAGCAGUGGGGUUCUUGUGUCACUGUUGCUGUCUGUACCUGUAAUUGGUGAAGAUUUAAUAAAGACCGGGAUUUUUUGCACAGAACGUCCUUGAGUGCCGGAGCAUUUUUCGAUUAUCUAAGUCAAACCUCUCCCUGUAUCACCACAGGGCACCUGUCCCCUCACCACAAUAAAGACUCUGAGGUCCCGUGA